CCGCUCCGCUCGCCGAGGGGCCGGGGGAAGGCGGCGGGGCCGGCGGGUGGCGCCGUCCUGUCAGACGGUGAGGAGACACCCGGGGCUCCGGCGGGGCUUUCCGCGGCCGGGGCGGUUGCGGGGAUCGGAGCUGCUGAAAUGGGUUGUGGAUUGAACAAACUAGAGAAGCAUGAUGAAAAACGACCUGGUAAUAUCUAUUCAACUUUGAAGAGGCCCCAGGUAGAAACCAAGAUAGAUGUUUGCUAUGAAUAUCGAUUCCUGGAUUUCACAACACUAAAUGAUACUGAGCUGCCAGGAUCAUCUGCAAUCAAGCUCUCCUCCUUGCGUGAUCUUCCAGCUCAGCUGCAAGAAUUGUACCAGCAGGGCUUCGUCUUGGCUGCUGUCCACCCUUUCGUGCAACCAACUGAUGAAAAAGAGAAAUCUCCCCAGGAACAAAUCUUCAGGGCUGUGCUUAUCAAGAAAACAGAAAGGUCUCCAAAAGGUGAUGUCCACAGUGAAGGAUAUGUCUUGGAGGUGGAGUGCUGCUCCUACUUAAACCAGCUUUCAGACAAAAAGGAGAUACCUGAUUUUAUUAAAAAAAUUCAAGAUGCUGCAAGUCAAGGCAUGAAAUUUGUUGGAAUUAUACCUCAGUACCAUUCCCAAAAGAACUGUCUUGUCAGCACCUCCCUGACACCCACCAGUAACAACUCUGUGCAAUCAAGAGAUAAUGUUUCAAAUUAUCCCGAGGAUCACGCUUCACCGGAUGGUGAGAAAAUAGAUGGCAUUAAUGGAUGCAAUACUCCAGCACCGAGUGAGGAAAGUGCUGACCAAUGUGCCACAUCCAGGGAGGGCUGGAGAGGUGAAGGACAGGCUGAGGAAGAGCUGAAUCUCAAGUCUGUGAAGGGAAAGGAAGAGCAGUUUCAACCCGCGAACCCAAGUGUAAGAGAAGCAGCAGACAAGCCGAAUGGACUUGCAGAGAAUGAAACACCAGCACGAUACUUAAAACCACUUACUGGCAAAGCAGAGAUCUUCGCUCUCUUCAACAAGCCAAAAACCCCACAAAGAUGCAGCCAGUAUUACACAGUGACUAUCCCUAUGAGGAUCUCCAGGAAUGGGCAGACUGUCAACAGCUUGGAAGCAAAUUGGCUGGAGCACAUGACAGAUCACUUCAGGAAAGGAGGCUCAUUGGUAAAUGCCAUCUUCAGCCUUGGAAUGGUAAAUGAUUCUUUGCAUGGGACAAUGGAUGGAGUAUUUCUCUUCGAAGAUGUUGCUGUGGAAGACAGUAAAACCACGCAGAGCUAUGAUGCAAUUGUUGUAGAGCAGUGGACUGUCCUGAAGGGAGUGGAAGUGCAGACAGAUUACGUCCCGCUGCUGAAUUCCCUUGCCAUGUACGGCUGGCAGCUGACCUGCGUCCUUCCUACUCCCAUCGUGAAGACAAACAGGGAGGGGAAUUUAUCUACAAAGCAAAUUGUAUUUCUUCAGAGACCUUCUCUGCCCCAGAAAGCAAAGAAGAGAGAAUCUAAGUUCCACUGGAGGUUCUCCAAAGACGACAUGCACAACAAACAAGUGAAGAAAUCCACGAAGGCCAAAUUAAGCACUAGGGAGAAGCCAGUGGCAGAGGAGAAGCAGGAAUUUGAGGUGACAGAGAACACAAGAAACUUGGAAGCGCAGAUCUCAGCAGCAGGGAAGCCGGAUCCGGAACAGCAGCUGGAUCAUGUCAUAGACUUGGGAGAUGAGGUGGCAGGGACCAACGACAGAGGUGCCCAUCAGGACGGGGCGUCGGGAGAGACGUGUCCUGCCGACGACAGUGACACACAGGUGGGGCUGAGCCAGAGCCCGCCCGGCUGCGGUGGGGACCAGGGACCUGAGGUGGGCGACGGCGGCAGCGACGGGGCCGGGCAGGACACGGGCUGCCCCGGGGAAUAGGACCCGGCCACGCGACACCGCUCCUGUGAGUAUCCUCUGAGUCCCCACACUUGGCCAAGACACAAGAACAGGUCUCGCUGGUCACCACCGCUAACUCCAUUGCUCGGUUCAACGUUUCUUUGGCUUGGACUCCCUUUGCUCCUUAGCACACCCCUGCCUUGGUGUUUUAAGGAACUGCAGGGCCCCGGCUUUUUACCCCACAGAAAUCAACUGCAAAAUUCCCUUUUACCCACUUUACAGAGUGGGAAAUGCCCGGCGCCAUCUCCUGCAGCUACACUCUACAUUAAAAAGUAGGGACAGAAACUAUCCUGGGGUUUUACUGUGACCGACCUGGGCAAACUGGGUUUGGAUCUAGGUCGGGGCAGAGGUUCCGCUGGGUCAGACGUUACCUGUAAUGCUUUCUUGUCCACCCAUCUCUGCUGGAGAAGUUAUGGCGCCGUAUGUUACUUUGUCAUUAAGCUUGUAGUGUCAUGGAAAUGGUAUUUGGGCUUAAACAGGCUGAAAUUGGAAAGCUUAGCUAAGAUGGCUGGUAUCUGUAUUUAUCUCCAAUAGCAUACUUACGGAAUUUUAUUAACUCUUGCAGAUCUUUAAGCAAUAAGGAAAUUGUGUGCCUACUUGAGGCAUGGUGGGUAAACAAACCCCACGGUAAACUUGUGUGAGGAGGGUGAUUCCAAUUUAAAACGCAAUUUCCUGUUCCCUCACGUUUAUGUUCUCUUUGCCAAUCAACAGCUCAUCAGUAGCUGUGGGGGCUUCAGAAGAUAAAAAAACAGAAAACAGGUAAAAAGCAGGUAAAAUGUACUUCUUUCAGUGGCUCUCUCCACUAAAAUUGGAGUUAGAUGUUCCCCCCGAGCCCUGCAGCUGAUUCUGCAGCUCAUCCUCACUGCGGCCAAACACAGGUGGGGAGGAACUGAAAUUGUACACAGGGGUCCGUGCCCAACAAAUGUCACUCAAUGACCUUACAAAGCGCAAAUACCUUAAUAGAGGGGUUUUUUAUACAAAUAACCGUAUUUUAGGACUGAUACCUAACAGAAUUCUGUAAAAUUGCCAACAUUUUUAUGUUUGGAGCUACAUGGAAAAUAUUUUCAGGUGAAUGUAUGCGUGUAAUACAGCUUCUGUGCCAAUGUUCAUGUACUUCAGUAUUCUUAAAAAUGUAGGAAGUAGUUAUUUCUCUCUUCUUAACCGCCUUCAUCCCGACGUAGAAGUGGCCAAGUAAGCUGGGAACAAGGUGAGAAAUACAUUCUAAAUUCCCCUGAUUUUUGUUUUUCUAAAGCGAGAGCUCUGCAAGUGAUUUGGUGUUUUUUUUUUCCCUUGACUCAUUCGCUUCUGAUAAUUUUCCUGAGUCUUCAAAUCAAAAUGUUGUACAAAGAACUACGCUCUGCACCAAAUGUGCACCUAGAGUGGUUCAAAAGCAUCUUCCACACCUCAAAAUUACACAGUUGGCAGAAGAGAAAAAUGACAGCACUUUGAAUAUUCAUCUAAUUGGGACAACGGCACUCAAGUUGAAACCAUUUGAUUUCACACACACAAAGCACGGUGGUAUUUUUUUCAUUGCUUAAAGAGUUUUUAUUUUUGAUUCAGUGGUUUAACCGCAGGACUGUAACUGACUUCAAUUCCUAGUGGUAUUCUGCAAUUAUUGCAUUCUGUUUCUUGAGAUAAAACUGAAGUUCCAAUAGCCCCCAAAAUAGGUUGUUUCAGUUGUUCUACCUAAACACAAGGUCUCUGUUCUGUACAGUUUUAAGUACUUGUUUGCAGAUUUUAUUAGUGUAAGAUCCUUCUACUGAUGGUUUCUAUCUCAAGGACUAGCUUUGUAUUAAUCUUGUUUAAAAAUAUACUGUAUUUAAUGAACAUUUUACUAGUAGAAAGUGUUGCAGUAGAAAGAACUCUCCACAUACUUUUGAAUAUAAAGCAUUUAUUGAAUUGCAGUUUGACCUUGUUUAACUGGAUGCCAACUGCUUUACAAAACGAAAGAGAAAUAAAGGUCAUGAGGAGA